AUGACAACACGCGACCCCAACUUCUGGAAACGCUUCAGUGUCGCCGUCCACCAAGACGAACUUGCGAAGACCGAAAUGAGCCAACAAAACACCAACAACCACUGCGACCUAAAGCAUUCGUACGUCUCUUCCUCCCGUUCCUCUUCUGCGCCCACUUCGCCCGCACCCGCUUCACCCACAUCGCCCACAUCCUUGUUCUCCCCGGUUCCCAAUGCCCUCACAUUACCACUUGCAUAUCCCACCACACCAGCACAACCAUCACUCUCCCAGCCCUCCAACAACGACGACAACAACAGAAACACCAAACCAGCAAAACAAGACCGACAAAACCCCCGCACAACUACAUCUACUACACCCCCCAAACGCACCAAACUCCAAAAAACACCCUCUCAGAAAACCCUCCUCCGCCCCACACUCACCCCCCUGCCCUCUUCAAACCAAAAGCGCACGUCAAUAUACACAACAAGCACAAACACAAACGCAACCACCACACCCCCCACCCAACCCAACCGCCCCCCUCCCCUCCCCCUCCCUCCUCCCCCAUCCCACAACCACAAACCACACCGCCAAUCCUGCCACCCACCCUCACCCUCGCUAAACCUCUACAACCGUCCCCCCUCGCGCUUCAAGUUCUGGACCACCAUCUCGGCUGACGCCCCGCGCAGGGAUUCUUGGCUCGAGAGCCAGAAGAAGAAGGCGAGGCAGCGGGCCUGGAUGUGUUGGGCGUUUUGGGGGGUCGUGGGCUGUGUGGUUGCGGGCGUGGUGGUGACGGUUGUGGUGUUGGGGCGGAAGGGGGUGUUGUGA